AACUCUGCCGUGGCCGAAUAACUCGAAGCUUCUCUUCAGAGAGAGGGCUGCUACUACCUCUCCAAACCCCCCACUUUCACCCCUCUUUUCCAUCACUUUCCCGAGAAAUAAAAACACCCCUAAAACCCAAUGGCCAAUCGCAUCGCCCUCCGCCUCAAAUCCCACCUCCUUCGCAUCACAACCCCCAUCCAUCCCCGUCCCUUCAUCCAAUCUCCACCGUUGAUCUUCUCCCCACUCUUCGACCCCCAUCUCCAACGUUCAACAAAUUUCCUCCUCCCGUUCACUCUCCGCUUCCUCUCCACCUCUCGCCGCGGCCCGAUCCGGCCCAAACCCGUCGACAUCGCGGGCCGGGCGCGCCAGCUCCAAACCCGACGCCUUUGGACCUAUGCACUAACCUUCAGCUGCAUCGCGGGCUUCAUUGUCAUCGUCCUCAAUAGCUUCCAAGACCAGCUCGUCUUCUACGUGACCCCAACCGACGCUCUAGAGAAAUACUCAGCAAACCCUAGCAAGAGCAAGUUCAGGAUCGGCGGUCUGGUCCUCGAAGGCAGCGUGCUCCAGCCCGCCUCGUCGCCCGAGAUGGAGUUCGUCGUCACCGAUUUGAUGACCGAUAUAUUGGUCCGAUACAAAGGCUCCUUGCCUGAUUUGUUUCGGGAGGGUCACUCGGUUGUGGUCGAGGGCUUCGUCAAGCCUUUUAAUGACGAAAUUCGAAGGGAGAUUUCAACGAAGAGUGUAUCGGAGAAAGCGAGGAGCGGCGAGUGCUAUUUCGCCGCCACGGAGGUUUUAGCGAAGCAUGACGAGAAGUACAUGCCCGGUGAGGUCGCUGAGGCGAUCGAGAAGAACAAGAAGCUCCUCGAGGCCGGUCGGGCAGGUGGUGGAGAGUCUGAAAACCCCAAAAGCGAGUAGAUGGAUGGGGCCCAGCUUUCUACACUCAACAAUGUCAAAAGUUUGGAAGUCAAAACGUAGGCCUAUUCAGAAACUCAAAACAGAGCCUUAAACCUUAAUCUUCCCAAACAGGUUUGGAAUUGCCAUUCGUAUAUACACAUCACUAUUGACAUUAUUGCCCAAAAAAGUGAUGAUUUCAGAUGGACAUUCUCUAAUGGAAUCGUCUCUUGUAACCCCAGUUGUUUAAUUAGUGAGGAGGUCUCAUACGAUUGAGAAUGAUGGCAGUGUCAAUACCGUAGGAUGAUUCAUUUUAGCAUUCUUGUGGUGGAUGUGUUUUGGUUUUAACACUAAUUUUAGCAAGCUUUUCUGCCUGAGCAUUUCGUUUCUUUGCUCAGAGGAUGAUAACUUAUUAUUGGUGUGACCAAGUUUUAUGAACUUCCGUAAGUAUUUCAGAUUUA